GCUAACUGCUGGAAAUCGCGGGACAAGGUCCAGAUGCAUCUCUUUAGUGAGAGCAAGGUGCAAAAUUACGAUAUCCUGGCUAUCCAGGAACCCUACAUCAACAAACAUACUGACCCACUAACAACAUACUCACUAGCGCUCAAGGGCAGCUUCCAUAUCCUACUGCAGCCCACACCCAAGGAAGAAUACAAGAAACGCCCACAAGUCUGUUUCUACAUCAAUAGAGGGCUAGAUCCAGCCACAUGGGAGGUCCAAUACCAUAAUAGAGAUCUGAGCACAUUGACACUUCAUACAGCCACCCAUGGAACCAUCCAUAUUCACAAUGUAUAUAAUCCAGGAGUCAAUAGCAAUGAGGAAUCUAUAAUUAGCGCCCUGCAAACCGCCAUGGCACCUAGGGCGCAGCAUAUUGCCACCAAAUUAAUUAAUCUUAUGGAUGAGCAUGGGCUCAAGCAGCUCUUGCCAUUAGGCACAAUCACGUACGAGAGGGUUAACACCAAAUCUACAAUUGAUCUAGUGUGGGCAUCGCACAAUCUAGCCAACCGGGUAGUAAGCUGCGACACCAAGCCAGAGUGGUGGUACGGAGCAGAUCAUGUCUCAAUCUCCACUCAAUUUAACCUUACAGCUAUAUGUGUUCCUCCAUUGAUUCACAAGCAGUGGAAUGUAACAGAUUGGGACCUCUUCCUUAAACUGAUGGACAUAUAUAAUUGGUACCCAAGGGAGCUCAAUGACAAUGAGGCAAUCAAUGAGGCAAUCCGCUAUCUAGUUGAGGCAAUCAAUCAGGCAGCUGAGCAAGCGACACCUACAAAAUAG